CUCGGGUGUGAUUCGCUUGCUGCUCACGCGCAUCGGUUUCUCGGCCUCAUGGCCGGGCUCACCCUGUUUGUGAGUCGCCUCCCUCCCUCGGCCCGCAGUGAGCAGCUGGAGGAACUGUUCAGUCAGGUGGGGCCGGUGAAGCAGUGCUUCGUGGUUACUGAGAAAGGGAGUAAGGAAUGUCGAGGCUUUGGCUACGUCACUUUCUCUAUGCUGGAAGAUGUUCAGAGGGCCUGCAAGGAGAUUACUACCUUUGAAGGCUGCAAGAUCAGCGUGACUGUUGCCAAGAAAAAACUGAGGAGCAAGUCCAGGGAAAAGGGGGAAAAUGGAAAUUCAAAGUCCCCAAAGAAGGAACCAAAGCCUAAAAAAGCCAAAGUGGCAGAUAAGAAAGCCAGGUUAAUUAUUCGCAAUCUGAGCUUUAAGUGUUCAGAAGAUGACUUGAAGACAGUAUUUGUUCAAUAUGGAACUGUCCUGGAAGUGAACAUUCCUAGGAAGCCAGAUGGAAAGAUGCGGGGAUUCGCUUUUGUUCAAUUCAAAAACCUCCUGGAAGCAGGAAAGGCCCUCAAAAGCAUGAACAUGAAAGAGAUAAAAGGACGAACAGUGGCUGUGGAUUGGGCUGUAGCAAAGGAUAAAUAUAAAAAUACCCAGUCUGCCUCUGCUGCAGGUGAGGAAAAGAAGCCUAAACCUGAACAGGAAUUAGAUGAAAAGGAUGGUAGGGGAAAAGAGGACAUGGAAGAGGAAGAUGGUGAUGAUGAUGAUGACGCUAUGGAAGAGGAUCAUGAGGAGGACGACGACGAGGAAGAGGAGGAUGAAGAAGCAAAGGUGACCAAGCCUGUGCCAACCCCCAAGAGAGCAGUCAAGAGGGCCUCUGUACAAAGCAGUGAAGAGGAGGAUUCUGAUGAGGACAGUGACUUGGAGGAGCGAGAUGAUCUUGAUAGUGGGGAGGAACUGGCCCAGAGUGACACCAGCACUGAAGAGCGAGAGGAUGAAGAUACACAAGCCUCAAAGAAAAAGAAGAAGAAGAAGUUACCCUCUGAUGUGACAGAAGGCAAAACUGUUUUCAUCAGAAACCUGUCCUUUGACUCAGAGGAAGAAGAACUUGGGGAGCUCCUCCAGCAAUUUGGAGAUCUUAAAUAUGUCCGCAUCGUCUUGCAUCCAGACACAGAGCAUUCUAAAGGUUGUGCCUUUGCCCAGUUCACGACUCAAGAAGCAGCCCAGAAGUGCCUUGAGGCUGCUUCUCCAGAGACGGAGGGCGGUGGACUUAGACUGGAUGGCAGGCAGCUCAAGGUGGACUUGGCAGUGACCCGUGAUGAGGCUGCAAAGCUCCGGACAAAGAAAGUGAAGAAGCCAACUGGAACCCGGAACCUCUACCUGGCCCGAGAAGGCUUGAUUCGUGCUGGGACUAAGGCUGCAGAGGGUGUGAGCGCUGCUGAUAUGGUCAAAAGAGAACGGUUUGAGCUAUUGAAACAUCAGAAACUCAAAGACCAGAAUAUCUUUGUCUCCCGGACCAGGCUCUGCCUCCAUAAUCUGCCAAAGGCUGUAGAUGACAAACAACUCAGAAAGCUGCUGCUGAGUGCCACAAGCAGGGAAAAGGGGGUGCGCAUCAAGGAGUGUAGAGUGAUGCGAGACCUUAAGGGAACUCAGGGGAAAAAUAAGGGUCAGUCCCUGGGCUACGCCUUUGCCGAGUUCCAGGAACACGAACAUGCGCUGACAGCUCUGCGGCACAUCAACAACAACCCCGAAAUCUUUGGGGCUCAGAAGAGACCAAUAGUGGAGUUCUCUUUGGAAGAUCGAAGGAAACUUAGAAUAAAGGAACUAAGGACCCAACGCAGCCUGCAAAAAAUGAACCCUCAGUCCUCAGCGGGUGAGCCCCAGCAGGCACAACGAGAGCCUGGAAAAGAGAAGCCUGGAAAAGAGAAGCAAAGGAAAGCAGGCCAGAACCACGCCCAGAAAGCAAGCGGGGCCCCGGAGCAGAACGGGAAGGCAGGCUCCGUCUCGUGGGCUGGGUUCCAGACCCAGGCCGAAGUGGAGCUGGUGGAGCUGCCAGAUGGGAAGAAGAGAAGAAAGGUUCUGGUGCUCCCUUCUCACCGCGGCCCCAAAAUCAGGUUGCGGGACAAAGGCAAAGUGAAGUCUCUCCCUCCCAAAAAGCCAAAGCCCCAGAUGAACCAGAGGAAGCAAGAGAAGCAGAAAUCAUCUUCUAAUCAGGCACCUAGGAAAAAAGCGAAGGGAAACAAGACAGAAGUUCGCUUCAAUCAACUGGUUGAACAAUAUAAGCAAAAAUUAUUGGGACCUUCUAACGGAGUGCCUCUUGCAAAGAGGAGCAAAUGGUUUGACAGUUGAUGCCAGCAGCCUGGAUGAGAAGCUGGAUUAUAUGCUUCUUGGUAAAGCUCCCAGCCUCCCCUCUUCCCCACCAGCCUUUAUGACGACAAGAAACCCAAGUGCACGUCACACUGGUGGGUGGCCCCCUGGACUGUGCACAUCUGAACUUUGACCCCUCCCAAGUGUGCUUAAUUAACCACAAAGAAAUAGCAAAACGAUGUCAUUGCUUCUUGCAUAUUAUCCAGAUUACUUGUGAACUUGUGUCUUUGAUUAUUUCCCAUUUUUAACUAUUUCCCAAGUGGAACCCAUUGUAAAAAGUGCCAAAAUUUUUAAGAUGUACAUUUUGUUGUGUCUUCUGUAAAUGAGAUAUUUUGUGCCUUUAUGAUUAACAGACUGUAUCUCAUUCCUAAUACAUGCGGAUCUCUUAUUUAUGGACAUUUUUUAUAUCCCUAACACUAAUUCUGUUAUGUACUCCUUUAUACUGCAGAAAUAGAUUAUGUAAGCACAGAGAAAUGAUUUUCCAGUGUAACCUGAGGUUGAGAGAAACUUGGAAAGUGAUUGAGGGCGGUGGGGCCUGGAGAGCGACACCUGCUAGUUGUUUGCUGAACCAGCAGGUGAUUGCUGGUAUUUGAUAGAAUCACUCACCUGGCUGGCAGUAACCUGCACUUUGUCUCACUGAGGGUCUUGUCCGGGAACUAAGGGAGUGGAUGGCAGAGAGUGAGCAUGAGGCCUGUGGCCUUUACCUGGUGGGUGGCCCGAACCAGACAGAUGCUUUGGACCUUAGCAUCUUCAUCUGUAGGAUAAUUUAAAAGUUUUC